AUGCCGGAGUGCCCCGAACUGUUCACGUUCACUAUUCCCAUAAUACGCUACACCAUGGAGUCGGAUGAUCAGCCUUCUGAUGACAAUCAGCAGCCCGUGAAGAAGAUAUCUCUUACCCCUAUUAAAAUAGAGGCUCCAGAUAAUGGGAGAAGACUGUCUGAACCAAGGUAUUACAUCCCUCCUCAGUGUAACAAUAGACUAUCACCAAGAAGUGCGAGAAAGCGCGAUUCGAGGAGGAAUUCCAAGUCCGAAUUGAAGGAUGAUUCUCAUACUAAAGAGACUUUUGGUCCUAAGCCGUGUAAUUGUGCCGAUUGUAGAGCAUCUAGUCCAUUGCCUCCUGGCUACGGUCCGGAGACUUUAUCACCUGGAUAUGAACAGAUGAGGAGUUCUCUAUCUAACGUGCCGUGGACAGAGGAUUUUACGGAAGCCUCGAGUGAUGAUCUCAGUUCGGAAUGGGAUUCGGAUGUGGCUGAGCCUCCGCCGCCUGCUCCUAAGUUGCUGAUGACAGACAUUCUUCGGUCAUUCGUGCCUGAGUACAAGAACAAGAUCUCGUGUGACGACGGAGAAUUCUUACAAUUACAAGACUUGCUGAGCGAUUUCGACAGUCCUUGCGUGAUGGACUGCAAAAUCGGAGUUCGCACAUACCUCGAAGAAGAACUGGCAAAGGCUAAAGAGAAGACUAAGUUGAGAAAGGAUAUGUAUGAGAAAAUGAUACAAAUAGAUCCAAAAGCGCCCACGGAGGAAGAGCAUAGAAGCAAAGGAGUCACUAAACCUAGAUACAUGAUAUGGAGGGAAACCAUCAGUUCCACAGCAACACUUGGAUUCAGAAUAGACGGUGUUAAGAAAGCAGAUGGAACCAGCUCCAAAGACUUUAAAACGACUAAGACUAGAGAUCAAAUUGUCGAAGCAUUUAAAGAAUUUACGGCUAACUUCCCUAGUGCUGUGCCCGGUUAUCUAGAAAGGCUGAAAAAUAUUCGAACAAUCCUCAAAGAAUCACACUUCUUCAAGACACAUGAACUAAUCGGUAGUUCGCUCCUCUUCGUCCACGAUAAAAGAAAAGCCUCUGUUUGGAUGAUAGACUUUGCCAAGACUGUUCCUGUCCCUGAAGAUGUUAGCAUUGAUCACAAUACAGCCUGGAAAGUUGGUAACCACGAAGAUGGCUACCUCAUUGGACUGAACAACCUCAUAUCAAUCUUCGAAUCUCUUCUCCAAGAUGCUAAUGGAAACAUUGAACAAUAUAAUAAAGAUACCAGCAAAAGUGUGAGACAGGAGAAUCUUGAAACUUGAACUAGAGUUUCAUCUUUUGACCACAAAAUCUUCUUUUGAUUUUCUGUGCCGAUAGAACAAAAACAAGCAAUGACUUGUGAGUUACAUUUCUCAGUAAUACAUUGUAUUACAGUUUUGGUGAAUUAUGACGGAGCUAGACGUGUACAUGAUAUAACUCAACUGUUAUUUUUUUGUAUAUAGUUGUAAUAUUAAAUGCAUUAUAUUAUUAUAAGUUGUUUGGAAUACUCAUUUAGGUUAUUUCAUCUUUUAUUUUGAGUUUUUUUUGUUAUUUCUUUGUUGUGACACUGCAUCAAUUAUUAUCAUUUUGUUUUACGUUAAUUGAUUUUCAUUCGUUGUUUAACGUCUUGUGUUUUUUCAUUAUAUGUCUCUGUAUGUUUCAUCAUAUUAACGUGUUAAAAUUGUGUUGUCGACCUAAAUAGUUAUUUUUUAUAUGCAAUCAUGUCAUAAAUUACUUCACU